GCGGGACAGUGCAUCAUCUGGAUCUGGAACCCUCUAGGACAGAGUGAGAGUUCAGUUCGUAGAAUUGCAAAAUGCCACCCAUAAAUGCAGGCCAAUCCGAAAAAUCUGCAGAGGAGGAUCCAUUGAUUAUAAGUGGCAACAGCAAGGAAAUUUCAAGAAGUCAAAGCUACCAAGGAAAUUACGGGUAUGACUCGCGCUACGGGGCGGCAAUCGUCCAAGAUACUGUUGAAGAUCCCACAAUCGAAGUUUCAGGAGCACCUAAAGACGACCGACUCGAAAACUGGCAAGUUGCUGUGAAUUUGAUCAAAGGAAGUAUUGGAACUGGAAUCCUUGGUUUACCACUUGCAAUCAAGCAUGCUGGUCUAGCCCUUGGACCAGCAGUUCUGUCACUCAUGGGUUUGUUGAGUUUGCACAAUAUGCAUUUGUUGGUAAUUUGUAGUAGAGCAAUGGCAAAGAGAAAUCAUGUUUCCCAACGCAUGGAUUAUGGUGAACUAACAAAUUUGGUUUUUUCACAUUACUGUAAAAAGUGGAAGAAUGCUGCCAGCAUGUUGGUUAACUUUUUCCUCUGCCUUGUGCAACUUGGCUUCUGUUGUGUCUAUGUGUUAUUUGUUGCUGACAACCUUUACAGGAUAAGUGGCCAAUCUUUGUCAGUGAAAAUUUGGGCUGCCAUUUCUCUUCCAGCCUUUCUUGGUUUCAGCUUUAUUGAUCAUCUGACAUUCAUCUCAUACAUAUCAAUAAUUGCCAAUUUCUUUGCCCUGUUUGGCCUUUUUGGUGUCCUUUAUAACGUCAUUCCAUUGGCUUCCAAUCCCACGAAGCUACCACUUUUCAACAGUUUUUCUACUUUUGCCUUGUUCUUUGGACAAUCAGUAUUUGCAUUUGAAGGCAUUGGAGUGAUACUGCCUGUCGAAAAGAAGGCGAAGAAACCAAAAGAUUUUGUCUUUGUGAUGUACUGUAGUAUUAUAUUUGUUGUCAUUUUAUACAUUGCUGUUGGACUGUUUGGGUAUUUGGCCUACCCUGAUUCAAUCAAAGGAAGUGUCACAUUGAACCUGUCAGAGACAGGGUUUCACAUUGCUGUCCAAAGUGUAUAUGCAUUGGCAAUAUUUUGCACCUAUUUCAUACAGUUCUAUGUGCCUAUGACAAUAAUGAUACCAUCUGUCAGACGCUUUAGCCCUUUCAAGUUUGUGAAAGUAGCAGAUGUAUUUUUCAGGACUGUUUGUGUCUGUGUCACGUUUGGGGUUGCAGUCGGUGUACCACAACUCGGCAAUAGCAUAGCACUUGUUGGAAGUCUUGCUGGAUCCGCGGUUCUCUUCGUGUUUCCCUCGCUUUUGCACUUGCUUGUUAUAUGGGAUGAUCGCCAUCGUUUUGUCACAAAACUGAAUAUUGCUAAGAACAUCUUUAUAAUGGUUAUCGGCACAAUCGGUGCUAUAGUUGGAACAUAUGAGGCAGUAAACGCGAUCAUAAAUGACCGAAAUAUUUCUCCAGCAAAGCAUAGGCCGGAUGGUCUAACCUUCGGCAUGACGACAAACAGGACAACAUUAGACUAUGUUUAAAAAUGCGUUAGCUUCAGGGACGUAGCAUGACCAAUUCGAUGGGGGGGGGGGGCAUCAAGAUUUGGCUUAUUGAGUCCUAGUGGAACUUGCAAGAUAAAAUCUAUGAAAGUCACUGUGGGGGCAUUGGAGGAGGACCCAGAUGCUACGCCCCUGAUCCUCGUAUUAAUAUCAAACUUAGAUACCGGCCAUUUCCCCAAUUUUUUAACGGAGGACCAUGCAGGCCAUAAUCAUAAAGCAACAAGUAGUAUUCCUUGCCAUUCCAGUUUUCCCUUUAUUUUGACGCAAAUUUAUCACAAGGCUACGAACUCAGAUUAAUCGCAAGGCUAAGGAGUCAGAUUAAUUGCAAUGCUAAGGAGUCAGAUUAAUUGCAAGGCUACUGAGUCAGAUUAAUCGAAAGGCUACGGAGUCAGAUUACUCGCAAGGCUAAGUGGUCAGAUUAAUCGCAAGGCUAAGGAAUCAGAUUAAUCGCAAGGCUACGGAGUCAGAUUAAUCGAAAGGCUACGGAGUCAGAUUACUCGCAAGGCUAAGUGGUCAGAUUAAUCGCAAGGCUAAGGAAUCAGAUUAAUCGCAAGGCUACGGAGUCAGAUUAAUCGAAAGGCUACGGAGUCAGAUUAAUCGCCCAUACUCAAUUUAACUAGGUAAAUGAAAAAGCAGAAAUGAUUAAGAGCAUUUUUAUUAAAUGUCUGAUACGAAGGUGUUUUUCUAUUCAAAACGGAAUUUUCAUAGGGUAGCAAGUUAUAUUUUAGGAGAUUCAAUUCAUCACCUAUUUACUUGAAAAAGGCAUAUCAAAUGGCCAUUUUCAAAAGCUAUUUCUUAUUAAAUUUGACCAUUAAACCUGUAGAGAUCGUUUUGAAAUUUUGAUAAUGGUUUUUUGUAAUGCAAUGCUUUGCUUUUUAGUCUGAUAGAAGCACUAUGAAAUCAAUUUCAAAAAUUUUGUUAUAUUUUAUCGCUUCUUUCUCCUUGAAUAUGAAUUUUCAGCUUACUUUCGGUCAUCAUCCGACGUUUAUACUGUGAAGAGUGUCGGACAAAAACUUCAUUAUGCUAUGUUUCUGCUAUUUUGUGCCAUCUUUCCCAGCAUAUCCCCUCCGCAAUUGCAGAAUGCUUCAUAAAUUCUUAAGCAUCAUUUUCUUUCUUUGUAAGUUGUUAUCCAUCAUAAACGCUUCUAAAGUAUUUAGAUUAAAGCCUCUAAAAGCUUGUCAGUUGUUAUCUUCAAGUAACCUAUUCCGUCAAAUAACUCGCUGUUAAGCGUGACCUUGCAUUUUGGGGGCUGCAUUACCGCCCCCUAAUAUCUUUUUCACUUUGCUCGAACUUUUCUUUUCCUAACGCGUCAUCUUUUCCUUAUUAAUUAGUUUAGUUUCGUAUAAAUGAAAAUAGUUUAUGAGGGUCGAAACCAAAGGAAUUGUAUUGUCGGCCCAAUGGCAUAGAUAAAGAGGGAUCAGGAAGGGCAAAAUGGAAAAAUUCUAUCACAAGCUAAAAAUAGUGAUUUUUCUCUUGUUCUUUGGCAAGGUGAAAUUUGGCCUGGUAUGAAACCCUUUCGUUCAAUGUGAGCCGCAGCUAAAAUCUGCUGAAAUUGUUACCGUUACUUUCUUCAAAACAGUGAAAAAUGUUUACCCAGUUCAAAAAGCUGGGUAAAGUCUAGCCUUAAAAAGCUUAAAGCUGCACCAUAGCCCUUGCACACCGCCGCGGUAAAAGAAGAAAACUGAGGAAGCUCCAAUCGCUAAUGUUUCUUUCUUGAAAGAAG